AUGGACAGUCCCAGGCCGGUAGAAUGGGUGUCCCCCUUCAUGAGCAAGGUCAACGCGCUCACCGAGCGCAAGCGAAGCCGCGCCCUCUCGAAAGCCUCGAUAAUCGAAGAGGAAAUCGAAAACGGCGACGCAAGAGCAAGGAAGCUGCGCGUAAUGGCGCGCAAGGAAGAAGACCUGCUCCGCAGCGAAGCCAGCACCCGGCUUUCUGGCGCCACCAUCACGGAGCCAGAAGCCCCUCAGCCCGCAAUCCGCGCCUUCUUCGACCGCCCCCUGCCCGCAAGCCCAAUCGGCAACGCCUUUUCCGGCGAGCACUUCUGGGCCCCGUCUUUCGCCUCCGAGCAGGUGGGGAAAGCGGCGCCUGAGGCCCUUCAGCCCCCGGCGGAGGCGGCGAGCAGACUCGCCUUCGACCAGGUGCUAGAGGACAUCCAGGCUCUCGCGAGCCAAAUCGCCGCGUCUGCGACGCCCACGCCCGAAGAAGAAGUCCGCGCCGCCCAAGCCGUGCUCACCUUCAAGCAAGAGGAAUUCGCCGAGCUCUACGAGUUCCCUUCCCCAGAGGCCGUUGCGCUCCGCAUGGAGCAGCUCGCGUUCGAGGACAAGAGGGCGCUGGCUACGUUUGGCAUCGCGGCGAGGGAGGAUCUGGACGAUGUCAAUAAGUGGCUUGAGGUUGAUGAGAAGACGCUGGAGUUCACGACGGUUCUGGACCAUGCAAGGGAUAGCUUGAAGAUUCUGCGCGAGCGGCGGAAGAGCAGGGAAAUUGAGCUUUCUGCGCCGGCGCUGGGGUUGGUGUGGGCGGGGCGGAUUUGCGAGGAUAAGGUGGGGAGGGUGGGGAGGGAGGAGGGCGGUGGUAGUGAUGAGGAUGAGGAGGAGGAGUAUGGGAAGGUGCUGAAGAGCAUUCAGGAAGAGAUUGGGGGGUUUGAGGGGGGUUCUAAGGCGGAGGUGAAACUGCGACGGAAGUUCUCGGAGCGCGUUAUCAACAGGCGGAGAAUGAAGGGAAAGGCGCCGUCGGUGCUGGAUCUGGCGAGCUGGGCUUCGGAAAUCAAGCGCAUGGAGGAACAGAAGGAGGAGGGUACGCCCACGCCCACGCCCACUCCCACCACAACCAGGAACGCCUCCGACCUCAGCAAAGACACCUAA